AGAGAGGCCGUUGGGUACAGCGAGGGUACCACAGGACACUGCUUUAUGUAGGCUACUGCUGCUGGACCUCAACAACUAGCAACAGAGGCGGGCAGACCCAAACUGCCACGGAUAUCUGCUCGACCUACCUCACCGUCGCCGCAAAUUUAACCUUUGGAUAUUCUGCUACUUGGACAUUUAAAGCGGCAAGUUACGAGUCAAAUAUGACAGCGCGUAUGUAGCAUAAAUGUAUGUGUCAGGGCUGUUUUUCUGUCGUCAACGUUUGGAUAUUGUGAGCCGGAGCGAGCGGACGGAGCAGCGACUGGAUCUUUUUUUUUACUUUUCGGCGAUUCAUGUACAGCACCCAACUGUUUAAACAGUUGUGGUUGUGAGUAGCUAGUCUGUCCACUAAGAGACUGUUCGCCUGGCUGGCCACUAGCUUCCGAUAUCGAUAAGUGGCUGAUGGUCAGCCACUGUGGUUUAGCUACAUAAUACAAUUUCAGCUGCUAUAGGCUACGAACACAGCGAACAGACUGCUAGCGAUAGCGACGACCGUUGACACAGGCUGUAGACGCUGAGGUCAUUAUAAACUCUUGAACAUAACAGGCUACACACACACACACACACCACAUGUGUGUUGGGACAGUAGCCUAUUGACACAUUACAGUUUGUAUUUCCUUCCUUUAAUUCUUCGGUGCUACAAAGUAACGAGGGCUGCAAACUCCACCAGCACGGCAGUUAAGUAGAGAUCAAAGGCGACUCCCGCCUCUCGGGGAUGUACGAAAGCGUGGAUGUUGUGGGUUUUAGCCCCAGCCCCAGCAGCCCCAGUCCGGGCUCUUUUCUGAGCAUGGACUACUACCACAGACCCCCGGGGCUCGGGCCGGAGAAGGGACUACUGUCCGGUGUCGGAGGACUCCAGCGUCCGUUCGGAGGGUCCCUGGUAACCGGCAGACACUGGAGCGGAUCCAGCCACUCUAUAGAGACUGAGAGCACGAGUUCAGGGGAGGACCUGCUUGUCCCCAGCCCCCCCUCACCUCCGCCUCCACCGCGCAUCUACAAGCCCUGCUUUGUAUGUCAGGACAAAUCUUCAGGAUACCACUAUGGAGUCAGUGCCUGUGAGGGCUGCAAGGGCUUCUUUCGGAGGAGCAUCCAGAAGAACAUGGCGUACACGUGUCACCGAGACAAAGUCUGUGUCAUAAACAAGGUGACGAGGAACCGGUGUCAGUCCUGUCGACUGCAGAAAUGCCUCGAGGUUGGCAUGUCCAAGGAGUUGGUGCGAAAUGACAGAAUGAAGAAGAAGAAGGAGGAGAAGAGGCAGGGAGAGACAGAGAUCUACGUCCUGUCAGCCGACACAGAGCAGAUGAUUGAACGAGUCCGCCGGGCCCAUAUGGACACAUUUCCCUCCCUCUGUCAGCUGGGGAAAUACACCACGAGCAAUAGCUCGGAGCACCGUGUCCCUCUGGAUGUCAGUCUUUGGGACAAGUUCAGCGAAUUGUCCACCAAAUGCAUCAUUAAGACAGUGGAGUUCGCCAAGCAUCUCCCUGGUUUCACAACGUUAACCAUUGCUGACCAGAUCACCCUGCUCAAAUCCGCCUGCCUCGACAUACUGAUUCUAAGGAUCUGCACCCGCUACACCCCAGACCAGGACACCAUGACCUUCUCCGACGGUUUGACUCUGAACCGCACCCAGAUGCACAACGCCGGGUUCGGACCCCUCACGGACCUGGUGUUCUCCUUUGCCAACCAGCUGCUCCCGCUGGAGAUGGACGACGCAGAGACGGGAUUACUCAGCGCCAUCUGCCUCCUCUGUGGAGAUCGUCAGGAUCUGGAGGAGUCAGAGAAGGUGGAUGUUCUUCAGGAGCCGAUGCUUGAAGCCUUGAAGAUCUAUGUGAGGAGGAGGAGGCCUGAUAAACCCUGUAUGUUCCCCAAGAUACUGAUGAAGAUUACUGACCUCAGGAGCAUCAGUGUGAAGGGAGCAGAGCGAGUGAUCACACUGAAAAUGGAGAUACCUGGCUCCAUGCCUCCCCUCAUCCAGGAAAUGCUGGAGAACUCUGAGGGACUGGAGGGGCACGGAGCCGGGGGAGGGAAAGGGGGAGGCGGAGGAGGAAAAGGUAGAGGAGGGGGCAGAGAAGAGGACGAAACCGAGGUCGGAAGCCGUCGUCCAAGUCCGUCUCCCAAAUCGGUUCGCUCUCGCAGCCCGAGCCCCGUGCCCUGCUCGCCGCCGCCGCCUUCUUCUUCUUCUUCUUCCUCGUCUUGCUCCCCCACCACCUGAAGUCCUACACCCAGCACCUAUGCUCCACACAGCACCCCCUCCUCCUCCUCCUCCUCCUCCUCCUCCUCCUCCCCUCCCACCCCAGCGCACGGCGCGGCACUGCCAGAACACCAUCCGCACAGCAGACUGAAAAGAACUGCACCUCCAUAACAGAUGACAAAAGACAAAGAGAAGACAACAAGUCUGAAUGUCUGAGCCCAUGAACUCUCCGGGUUACUGGGGACACGUUCGGCCCUUGACCGUACAGUACGUGUGCCAGGAGCGGGGGCAACCGUGACUAUCUACGGUUGGGUGAGGUUGAACGAGAGCAGGUAAAGGACGCUGUGAGGACUUGAUUUGUUGUUCAGACGUCAUGGUUUUACAUUAAAGGCAACAACAACAACAAAAACAUUUCACACACCUAAAAGGUUCAUUAUAUGCCGACUGUACCUAAAUGAAGAAGCAUGGAGAUUCUGAAAUGUGGACGGAGCGAUGAAGAGGAUUCCUCUUAAAUCACACAUCUUCUCCCUUAUGAAAAGUCAUGUAUAGUACGCAGAAUCAGUACGUGUAAUAUAUUGUAUAUAAAAAAGGCUGUGAAAGAAGUUAUGUCGGAGUAAGGCGGACUUAUACAAUAAGAUAUUUUCUUAAAUGUACAUGUGUGUGUAUAUACUGUAUUUACCCAACACAAUAUAUACCCCCACCCCUCCCCUCACCGACACAUCAGGGGAAAUAUUAAUCUUUGACUUAAUUUUCUUCCACUGGAAUCAAAAAUGUAAACGUAAAUUGGAGACUUUCUAUCACUUUAGGCAAAUGCAUAAAUGUAUUUCUCUGUGUCACUUUGCAUCAUCAUCCGUAGAAAUGUAUUUAGUUUUUUUUUUUAUGAUGUAGUUUAAGCCACUCAAAUGACUUCACUUGUGAAACAUAAGACGUUUUCAUUUUAAAGUAAUUACAAUGUCCGCCCGUUGGUGGACAAGCUGUGAUACCAGAAGUAGGGCUGCUGUAUUAUGGAGAAGGAAAAAAAAUCAUAAUCACGAUUAUUUUGAACAAAAUUGAAAUCCUGAUUAUUUGACACAAUUACGUAUUGACUUUUGGAAAGAUGUUGCAUUUACUGAGGUUAAAAAAAACAGUGAAACCGUUAAACAAAUCAAAGGUGAAAAAAACACCUUGAACUCUGACAUUUCCCUUAAUACUUUUCCCGUUCUCAUUCAGAAGACGAGACAAAAGAGUUUACUUGCAAAAAUGUAACGUGCAAAGUCAUUUUUUUUUUUCUCCAUUCCAGUUUUUGUGAUCGUAAUCAUGAUUAAAAAUGUAAUUAAUUGCGAAGCCCUAACCAGGAGUACAAACACCGCCUCACAAGAGGUGUCCCAUCUGGUAGGCUGUAUCAAUGAUGUUUCAUCUACAGACCUGCUCCGGUGCCCCCGGAUGCCCGUCACCUUCCUCUUUCUUUGUGUUGGCGUUCUAACCUCCGGCUGAUUUCUGAGGACUAUGGUUAACUGCUCCUCAGAUCUCUGCAGGGUAAAUCCAGACAGCUAGCUAGACUAUCUGUCCAG